AUCAUUCAGUAGCUGCUAUGGUAAUUUGUUUCAUCUUCAAAGUGUGGUCUGCUAAACAGUAAGUGUGGUUGGAGGAUCAAUUGCUCUUUGAUUUUAUACUGGGUGUCCCCUAGAAGUACACACGUUCACACGUUAUUAUUGGGUUACUCGCCCUUUCUUAGACCUAGCCUUAAGUUUUAACACGUGUUUAUACUGCACUCACUAAACAAGAAAUAUCCGCUAGAAACAAGAAGUGAGGGCUCUUUCUGAAUUCCGGCUGCCUCAUUAUCAACUCUUGAUCACUACUGUGGGGGCUGGCAAGUCCCACAAAAUUGUAUAGUAUUUGUAUAUAAUCUGUAUUUAAUUAUUUCCAACCAGUAUCCGAAACUUUCUCUUCGUCCACCUGCAUGUCGUAAAACCUAUCCUUUGUUCACCCUUCUCAGUAAUACUUAUCCUUUCCCAGAUUUCGAAUACCUUCCAAGAACCCUUUAGACACUACUGUAUUCACCGCUUUCUACCGACCUUUCUUUUCAUUUCAAUUUCACAAACUCUAAGACUCUUCCUUCAUCUGCCGUACCGACAACAUCAAAAUAAAUACGGCAAAACGCAAGUACUGUUUCAAUCACCUGAUCACCCCACACUACCAACGUAAACGAUAACAUUCACUAAUUCCCUAGAUGCUCUACAAUGUACAUAGGUGAUUGCUUAGGUUAUUGAAUGAUUUUUCUUAGUUUCAAUUUUUCAAACGCAGUUGCCAGAAGCUACAGCCAAAGUACUCAGUGGAUUAAAAAUUUGAACAUUUGACUGAUCCAAAAGUGAAAAAGUUCGUAAGUUCCUCCUUAAUUUUAAGCGCACGAUUUCUGCGGAAAACGUAGGAAAUGCCACUGCCAUGAGAAACCAGAGGACGCUUGCUAAUCCCUAGUUUCACGUGAACCAAUGUUGUUCCAGCAAAUUUUCAAAAAUUUUGGUUUUUACAACAACUCAGAAUAUCAUCACCGUUGUUACUCAAUCUAGUAAGCAACUUAUUUUCAAUUUACUGACAUGAGAGUACACGUCAAAAAUGAUAUUUGCUCUUCUGAUCUUUUCGUGCCUGAAUAUCUAUGGCGCCGCAAGUUUUGAUCCUUCAAGAAUUAACUAUUGCGAGGGAAGAUGUCCAACUGGAAAACAUGUAGCCUGCAACUGCGGCAGACUUCAACCACCUCGAAAAUUAUUUAGCGACAACGUAGACGCUUUCCGAAAAGAAAUUGUUCACAAUCACAACUACUGGAGGAACUAUGUAGCAUCUGGAAAAGCGCAUAAACUAAAUUCAGCUGUUAAACCGGCGUCUGAUAUGAGGGUCAUGAAUUAUGAUUUAGAACUGGAGUAUAUUGCUACGUGUUACGCUGCUAAAUUCAUUGAAGGCCAUGAUGGUUGCAGAAAGAAGGCAAAUGGGUAUGAGAUCGGUCAAAACUUAUAUGGAAGUACAAACCAAAGUGUAACUAUAAAAGAAAUACUACGGGACUGGUUUCGCGAAAUGAAGAAUAUUGAGUCCGAAACACAACUCCAAUUUUUUACGUCUGUAGUGACCAGUAAAGGCUUUAUUGGUCACUUUACUCAAAUGGUUCACGCCAAAAGCGAUAUUGUAGGAUGUGCCAGAGUCUGGAACUCCAAGGCUGCCAACAAAGCUUGGUCGUAUACACUUAUUUGUAAUUAUGGAUCUGCUUUCGGAAAUGGAACGCAAGUCAGAAAGAGACCCAUUUAUAAAACCGGACGUGCAUGUAGUAGUUGUCCUAAUAUCAGACGGCGGAACAAAUGUGGAAGUAAAAGAUACCCUGCCUUGUGUGGCAAGGUCUUAAUUCCUCCUGCUAGUCCUGCUAUUGGUGCAUCUCUCAGUAGUUACAAAAAUCCAGGGCGUCUUCGUGUUAGACGUGAUUACGCACAUCGUACACGUGGAGCUAAAAUUCAAAGGGCAGCCCAACGUGACCCUGAUGAUGAUCCUGACGAUUCUGAACCUAAGAACCUUGCCGAACCUGGGACCCUUGACGAACCUGAGCAUCCUGACGAACCUGAGAGCCUUCAGAUUCCUGACGCGCCUGACGCUCCUGACGAUUCUAACGUUGCUGAUCAUUCUGCUGGUCCUGACGAUUCUGAUAUUCCUAUUCCUGACACUCCUGAGGGAUCUGAGAGUCUUUCCAUUCCUGAGGCUUCUGAGGAAUCUGAGACUUCUUCCACGGCUAGCGUUCCUGAUGAUUCUGGCGACUAUGUUGACAAUUCUGAGAGUCCUCCCAAUCCUGAUGCCCCUGAGGAUUCUUUCCACGCCCGAGCUCUUCCCACUAGUGACGAUUCUGAUGGUGAUGAUUCUGUCGGUGUCGACGAUUCUGAGAGGCUUCUCAGUCCUGACACUAGUGACGAUGAUGAAAGUUUUUCCGUUCCUGACGAUGUUGACGUUUCUGAGAAGCGUGGUAAUGGUAACGCUAAUGACAAUUGUGUUACUACUACUACCCCUGCUGUCGAGUGUACGACUCUUCCAGGUCCUAAGCGUCUCGCCAAUAAGACCAAAUCUAACAAUCCUGGCAACGAUAGUGAUAAAUUUCUUGGUGGUGCUCCACGUGAAACCCAAACAGCCUCAUGUUUUUCAGGAACAUAUCACAUUCGGAAAAAUUCAUUUGUAUUAGUUGUUAGUCUUCAUAUCUCGCUUCUUUUUUACUAAUUUGUUAGAAAUAGAAGGAAAUGUGCAUGAAGACGCUGGACAGAUACAGGAAUUAAUAUAUAUACAUAUCUUU